AUGCUCUCUCACGCCGACCUCUUGGACACUCGCCUCGGGAUGAAGGAUGCUGCGGCUGAGCUGCUGGGCCACAGGGAGGCUUUAAAGUGCAGACUCGGCGCAGACAGCGGACACCCAGGCGAUCUGAGUUCCGGCCCAGAUGCGGUCGAGGGCGCCACGCUGCUCCCCGGGGAAGAUAUAAGCAAUGGCGGAUCAAACCCCAGCGGCAUGCAGCAGGUCGGCGCCAAGGAGCAAGACAAACAACAACAACAACAAGGUUCGAGUCAGUCGGGUGGACAACAGAGUCAGCAGAAACAGAAACGACACCGGACCCGCUUCACACCGGCGCAGCUUAACGAGCUGGAGAGAAGCUUCGCAAAAACCCACUAUCCUGAUAUCUUCAUGAGAGAGGAACUGGCGCUCAGAAUCGGAUUAACAGAGUCCCGCGUUCAGGUGUGGUUCCAGAACCGUCGGGCCAAGUGGAAGAAGCGCAAGAAGACGACGAAUGUGUUCCGCGCUCCUGGCACGCUGCUGCCCACGCACAGUUUGCCGCAGUUUCCGACGGCCGCUAUGGGCGACGGCUUGUGCUCGUUCCACGCCAAUGACGGGCGCUGGGCCGCAGCGGGAAUGGCCGGCGUUUCUCAGCUGCAGCUGCCGCCGUCGCUCAGCCGCCAGCCGGCCAUGGCGCAGUCGCUGUCGCAGUGCAGUCUGGGAGGCGCGCCGCCGCCCAACUCCAUGGGCCUCUCCAACGGGCUCUCGUCGAACGGCUCGGGUCUGCAGUCACACCUGUACCAGCCCGCGUUCCCCGGCAUGGUGCCCGCCUCGCUCUCCGGUCCGACCAGCGCGAGCGGCUCGCCCCAGCUGUGUAGUUCCCCGGACAGUGACGUGUGGAGAGGCAGCAGCAUCGCCUCCCUGCGCCGCAAAGCGCUCGAGCACACCGUCUCCAUGAGCUUCACCUAA